UUUGGAUGGAGCUCUAUGCUAAUAUCGGCAGCCUCUUCGGUGCUCGCUGUCAGUGGUGGCUUCGGAGUCUAGGCAGGCUCUUCUACAGCCAUGGCCGAAAGUGGUGAAGGGGAAGAUGAAAUUCAGUUCUUACGAACUGAAGAUGAGGUAGUGCUGCAGUGUGUUGCCGCCAUUCAGAAGGAGAAUCGCAAAUUUUGCCUCACAGCAGAGGGACUCGGCAACCGCCUGUGUUAUCUGGAGCCCACAUCGGAGGCGAAGUUUAUUCCUCCUGACCUAUGCAUCUGCAACUUUGUGCUGGAGCAAUCGCUCUCAGUGAGGGCUUUACAGGAGAUGCUAGCCGGGCAGAGCGGAGAAGGGAGUCCUGAUCAUGAUCAAUGGGCAGCCCAGGGCGGUGGACAUCGGACACUGCUGUAUGGUCACGCCAUCCUCCUAAGACAUUCCUUAAGUGGAAUGUAUCUGACCUGUCUGAAGACCUCCAGGUCUUUAACAGAUAAGCUGUCUUUUGAUGUUGGCCUACAAGAAGAAUCAACUGGGGAGGCUUGUUGGUGGACAAUUCACCCUGCAUCCAAGCAGAGGUCAGAAGGUGAGAAGGUCCGCAUUGGAGAUGACCUAAUUUUGGUCAGUGUGUCCUCAGAGAGGUACCUGCACCUCUCCAUCUCGAACGGGAGCAUUCAGGUGGAUGCUUCUUUCAUGCAAACACUGUGGAAUGUUCAACCUACCUGCUCCAGAGCCAACACAGCAGUGGGAUAUCUCCUUGGUGGCCAUGUGAUGCGCUUGUUUCAUGGGCACGAUGAGAGUCUCACUAUACCAGGAUCUGAUCAAAGUGCAGAGGAACAGAGAAUGGUGAACUAUGAAGUCGGUAAAGGAGGGUCCAAGGCCAGGUCUUUAUGGAGGCUGGAGCCACUUCGGAUAAGCUGGAGUGGGAGCCACAUUAGAUGGGGUCAGCCCUUUCGUCUACGCCAUCUUUCCACCGGUCACUACCUGGGCCAGACAGAAGAUCACGGUCUGAUACUACUGGACAGAAAGAAGUCUGACACUGCUGCGACUGCCUUCUGCUUUAGGCCAAGCAAGGAAAAGGUUGAAUCCGGUCCAAAGCGUGAUAUAGACGGCAUGGGAGUGGCAGAGAUCAAAUAUGGCGAUUCUGUCUGUUUCGUCAUGCACGUGUCCACCGGCCUCUGGCUCUCCUACCAGGCACCCGAUGCGAAAUCUUCUCGUUUGGGGCCGCUGAAGAGAAGAGCCGUCCUCUCUCCGGAGGGUCAUAUGGAUGAUGGGCUGACUCUGCAGCUCUGUCAGCAUGAGGAGUCCCGGGCGGCUCGCAUCAUUCGCAACACUACUCACCUCUUUACUCAGUUUAUCAGGGGACUGUAUGACUUGACUGGAGAAAAGGCCUCUGAGGUGAUUCUGCCUGUGGGUGAGGUCCUGCAGACCCUCAAUGACCUCAUUGUGUACUUCCAGCAGCCAGACUCUGAGCUGGAGCAUGAGGAAAAACAGAUGCAGCUCAGAUCCAUCAUCAAACGGCAAGAUCUCUUCAAAGAGGAGGGGAUGUUAACCCUGAUCUCACACUGCAUUGAUCGGCUAAAUGUGUACAACAGUGCUGCUGAGUUUGAGGAGUUAGCAGGCGAGGAGGCUGGAGAAGCAUGGAAAGACAUUUUGAACCUCCUUUAUGAGCUUCUGGCUGCUUUGAUUCGAGGAAACAGGACCAACUGCACACAGCUCUCUCGCAAGCUAGAUUGGCUGGUCAGCAAGCUAGAGCGAUUGGAGUCCUCAUCAGGCAUUUUAGAGGUACUUCAUUGUAUCCUAAUUGACAGUCCAGAAUCGCUAAACAUCAUCCAGAAGGCCCACAUCAGAUCCAUCAUCUCCCUCCUGUAUAAGCAUGGACGCAACCACAAGAUUCUAGACGUUCUUUGUUCCCUUUGUGUCUGCAAUGGUGUGGCUGUAAGAGCCAAUCAGAAUUUCAUCUGUGACCACCUGCUUCCCAAGAGAGACCUGCUGCUCCAGACACGACUGGUCAAUGAUGUUCAAAGUAUGAGACCCAAUAUCUUCCUGGGCAUGAGUGAGGGGUCAGCACAGUAUAAGAAAUGGUACUAUGAACUGAUCAUUGAUCAAGUAGACCACUAUGUGACCAGCGAGCCCACCCACCUUCGUGUCGGCUGGGCCACCACCAGAGGCUAUGCCCCUUAUCCCGGGGGUGGAGAGGGCUGGGGAGGAAAUGGUGUGGGGGAUGACCUCUACUCAUACAGUUUUGAUGGGCUACAUCUGUGGUCAGGACGAAUCCCAAGAGCUGUAGCCUCGGUUAACCAGCACUUGCUGAACUCAGACGAUGUUGUGAGCUGCUGUCUAGAUCUCGGAGCUCCUAGUAUGUCUUUCCGAAUUAACGGCCAGCCAGUACAAGGCAUGUUUGAAGACUUCAACUUGGAUGGCUUCUUCUUUCCUGUCGUCAGUUUUUCAGCAGGGGUCAAGGUUCGAUUCCUGUUGGGUGGUCGCCAUGGAGACUUCAAAUUCCUGCCUCCAGCAGGAUACGUACCAUGUUAUGAAGCCCUCCUCCCCAAAGAAAAGAUGCGUGUGGAGCCUGUCAAGGAGUAUAAGAGAGAUCUGGAAGGAGUUAGAGAUCUUCUUGGCACCACAGAGUUCCUUUCACAGGCCUCUUUCAUUCCCGUUCCUGUUGACACCAGUCUGAUCGUCCUGCCUCCACAUCUUGAAAACGUGAGAGACAAGUUAGCCGAGAACAUCCAUGAGCUUUGGGGCAUGAACAAAAUAGAGCUCGGGUGGACGUAUGGCAAGGUCCGAGAUGACAACAAGAGACAACACCCUUGCCUUGUUGACUUCUCUAAAUUACCAGAAACCGAAAAGAAUUACAACCUGCAAAUGUCAACAGAAACUUUGAAGACCUUGCUUGCAUUGGGCUGUCAUGUUGCCCAAGUUAAUUUAAAUGCUGAAGAAGACCUAAAAAAGCUCAAACUCCCCAAGAACUACGUGAUGACAAAUGGGUAUAAACCUACACCACUGGAUCUUUCUGAAGUAAAACUGACGGCCGGUCAGGAAGUUCUAGUUGAUAAACUGGCAGAAAAUGCGCAUAAUGUUUGGGCUAAAGAUCGCAUUAAACAAGGAUGGACCUAUGGUAUUCAGCAGGAUUUGAAAAAUCGGCGUAAUCCACGGCUGGUGCCAUAUGCAUUUUUAGAUGAAAGGACAAAGAAAUCAAACAGAGACAGCCUCCGGGAGGCAAUUCGAACUUUGGUUGGAUACGGAUAUUACAUAGACCCACCAGAUCAAGAGACGGCACACAAACUAGAGACUGAGGGCAUUGAGUCUGUCCGUCUGUUUCGUGUGGAAAAAACAUAUGCCGUGAAGACAGGAAAGUGGUACUUUGAGUUUGAGGCUUUGACUGGAGGUGACAUGAAAGUAGGAUGGGCCCGGCCUGGCUGCAGACCUGAUAUAGAACUGGGAGCCGAUGAUCAGGCUUUUGUCUUUGAUGGCUACAGGGGCCGCCGUGUGCAUAUGGGCAGUCAUUUCUUCGGUAGAAACUGGAAUAAAGGAGAUGUAGUGGGCUGCAUGAUCAACAUGGAGGACAAGUCCAUGAUAUUCACCCUAAACGGAGAGAUCCUGAUCACCAACAAGGGCUCUGAGCUCUGUUUUGCUGACUUUGAAGCGGAAGACGGGUUCAUCCCAGUAUGCAGCCUAGGACUUUCCCAAAUUGGCCGCAUGAACUUGGGAAAGGACGCUAGUACUUUUAAGUACUACACUAUGUGUGGCCUUCAGGAGGGCUUUGAACCUUUCGCUGUAAACAUGAAUCGAGAGGUCACCAUGUGGUUCAGCAAACGCCUGCCUACAUUUGUUAAUGUGCCAGAGGAGCACCCCCAUAUUGAGGUAACUAGAAUAGAUGGCACUGUGGACACUCCUCCAUGUCUAAAGGUGACGCAUAAGACAUUCGGCACCCAGACGAGCAAUGACGACAUGAUCUCUUGUCGUCUGAGCAUGCCUGUUCAGUUCCAUCCUGGUCCUCGGAAAAUCUCUGAUUUCAAUGAGGUGUUCGCUGAAGACCAAAGACCCAAGGACGAUGGAGGAAAUAUUGAUUAUGGCAGCAUUACAAAGUACUACUACUCUGUGAAAGUGUUUGCUGGACAGGACCCAGCAUCAGUGUGGGUGGGCUGGGUAACGCCAGACUAUCAUUACUACAGCAAACACUUCAGCCUCAAUGAUGUUCGAACUGUGACCGUGACACUGGGCGACGAACGUGGACGUGUUCACGAGAGUGUGAGGAGAAGUAACUGUUACAUGGUGUGUGCUGGUGACUUUGCCACUGGCUCCACAGGCCGUAGUAACACUGAUCUGGAAAUCGGCUGCUUCAUAGAUCUGUCCUCAGGACUGGUCUUAUUUUUUGCAAAUGGCAGGGAGCUGCCUACUGCAUAUCAGGUUGAACCUAACACAAAACUAUUCCCUGCUGUAUUUGUUCGACCCACAAGUCCAAAUUUGUUCCAGUUUGAGUUUCCCAAAAUUCCAGACGCAAUGCCGUUGUCAUCAGCCAUCUUCAAGAGUUUACGAAGUGACCCAGAGCCCCACUGUCCCCCACGGCUGAAUGUGCAGACCAUUGUGUCUGUGCUGUGGAGCAGAAUGCCCAACACCUUCCUGCCUGUGGAGACAGCCCGGGUGAGCGAGAGGCACGGCUGGGUAGUGCAGUGUCUGGAGCCUCUACAGAUGAUGGCCGUGUAUAUUCCCGAGGAGAACAGGUGUUUAGACAUCAUGGAGUUGUCCGAAAACGAGGAUCUCCGCCAGUUCCACUAUCACACAUUAAAACUGUACUGCGCCCUGUGCGCACUGGGUAACGCCCGUGUAGCUCACGCCCUCUGUAGCCAUCUUGAUCAAUCCCAGCUCCUGUACACCAUUGACAACCAAUACCUGACAGGUCAGCUCCGUGAAGGCUUCUACGACGUUCUGAUCAGCAUUCACCUGGAGGCAGCUAAAGAUGCCCACCUCAUGAUGAAAAAUGAGUUUAUUAUUCCCGUGACGGAUGAGACGCGCAGCAUUCGUCUUUUUUCUGACGACUCCAAGCACCACACUCUCCCUGGAGUGGGUCUGAGCACCUCCAUUACUCCUCGCCUCAACUUCACCCCUCCGUGCUUUAUUACCACCAAGCGUGAGCAGCGUUUCUUCAACCCACAAGUCCCUCUAGGUAUCCUGAAGGAGAAAGCCAUCUGCAUGCUCACGGAAGCGGUGCACGGUGGAGGUGCCCACAUACGAGAUCCCGUGGGCGGGAGCGUUGAGUAUCAGUUUGUGCCGAUUCUUAAAUUGAUUAGCACUCUGCUGAUCAUGGGGGCGAUGACCAGUGAGGAGGUAAAGACCGUCUUGCUCCUUGUUGAGCCUAGUGUGUUCGGAGAAAGUAAAGAAGAGGAGGAACAGCCAGCGAUAGCGGAGCAGGGGGCUGAAAAAGAGGAGGCAAGCAGUAAUGAGGAGAAAGCAGUGGAGGCAGGGGAAGAGGAGUGCAAAGAACCUAAGCAACUGCCCAAAGGUCUUUUGGAGAAGAGCUUGCCCGAAUCAGUCAAGCGGCAGAUGUGUGAGCUACUGCACUAUUUCUGUGACUGCGAGCUGAAGCAGCGCAUCGAGGCUAUCACAGCCUUCUCCGACGAUUUUGUGUCUAAGCUGCAGUACAACCAAAAGUUUCGCUACAACGAGCUGAUGCUAGCCCUCAACAUGUCGGCCGCUGUCACUGCCAAGAAGACUCGAGAGUUUCGCUCACCUCCUCAAGAACAGAUAAACAUGCUGCUGAACUUCAGCGCUGGAGAUGACUGCACAUGUCCUGAGGAUUUACAAGACGAGCUUCAGGGCUUUCAUGAUGAUCUACGACUACACUGUGGCAUCCCAAUGGAAGAGGAGGAAGAAGAGCAGGACACAUCUCUUAAAGGCCGCCUGAUGUCGAUCAUAUAUAAGAUAAAGGGUCGUCCUCAAAAAACAGAGGAAAAACCUACCGAGAAAGAACAAGCUGCUCCCACCAAUCUGAAAGAGCUGAUAUCACAGACUAUGGUCAGCUGGGCACAAGAAUGCAAAAUCCAAGACCCGGCACUAGUUCGCAGCAUGUUCAGUCUUUUAAGAAGGCAGUAUGAUGGAAUUGGUGAACUGCUCAGGGCUUUGAGGAAGAGCUACACAAUCAGUGCCAAGUCUGUAGGGGACGCGAUUAACCUUCUAGCCUCACUGGGCCAGAUUCGAUCACUGCUCAGCGUCCGCAUGGGGGAAGAGGAAGGCCAACUCAUGAUUGACGGCUUGGGGGACAUCAUGAACAACAAAGUGUUUUACCAGCAUCCAAAUCUGAUGCGUGUUCUUGGCAUGCAUGAGACAGUAAUGGAGGUCAUGGUCAAUGUACUGGGAGGAGACAAGAAUAAGGAGAUUGCCUUCCCCAAAAUGGUGGCCAGCUGUUGCCGUUUCCUCUGCUACUUCUGUCGCAUCAGCCGUCAGAAUCAGAAGGCCAUGUUUGACCACCUGAGCUACCUCCUUGAAAACAGCAGCGUGGGGCUGGCCUGCCCAGCUAUGAGAGGUUCCACACCACUGGACGUGGCUGCUGCCUCUGUGAUGGACAACAACAGCCUGGCGCUGGCACUAGAGGAACCUGAUCUUGAGAAGGUGGUGACAUAUCUGGCUGGCUGUGGGUUACAGAAUUGCCCAAUGCUCAUAGCAAAAGGAUACCCAGACAUUGGAUGGAACCCAAUAGAGGGAGAACGCUAUUUGUCUUUUCUCCGAUUUGCUGUCUUUGUGAAUGGUGAAAGUGUUGAAGAAAACGCUAAUGUAGUUGUAAAGCUUUUGAUCAGGCGCCCGGAGUGCUUUGGACCUGCUCUUAGAGGAGAGGGAGGACAAGGUUUGCUAGCUGCCAUGAAGGAGGCCAUUAAGAUUUCCGAAGAUCCAGCUUUAGACCUACCCAACUUACCUGAGGGUGUUACACCCACGGUAGGACAGGAUGAAGAAGAGGAGGAGGUCGCUCAUAUGGGCAACUCUAUUAUGUCUUUCUACUCGGCUCUCAUUGAUCUUUUGGGACGCUGUGCACCUGAGAUGCAUCUGAUAAACAAAGGCAAAGGUGAAGCAUUGCGUAUCCGUGCCAUUCUGCGUUCUUUGGUGCCCACUAAAGAUCUGGUUGGAAUCAUCAGUAUUCCACUCAAAAUGCCUGUCGUGAAUAAAGAUGGCAGUGUAACGGAGCCGGACAUGAAUGCUAGCUUCUGUCCGGAGCACAAGGCACCUAUGGUGCUUUUCCUGGACCGCGUCUAUGGUAUUGAUGACCAAAGCUUCUUGCUACACUUGUUGGAGGUGGGCUUCCUGCCAGACCUUCGAGCAUCAGCCUCCAUGGACACGGAUGUGCUCAGAACCACAGAGACGGCGCUGGCCAUGAAUAGGUACAUAGGCUCAGCCGUGCUUCCUCUACUGACACGCUGUGCUCAUCUGUUCGCUCACACAGAGCAUUAUGCAACUCUCAUUGACUCUACGCUGCAUACCAUCUAUCGUCUAUCUAAGGGCCGAUCGCUCACCAAGGCCCAGAGAGAUUCUAUUGAGGAAUGUUUGCUGGCCAUCUGCAAGCAUCUUCGCCCAUCAAUGCUGCAACAACUUUUGCGUCGUCUGGUGUUUGAUGUUCCACAGCUUUCAGAGUACUGCAAGAUGCCUAUUAAACUUUUGACCAAUCACUACGAGCAGAAUUGGAAGUACUACUGUCUGCCAACAGGCCUGGGCAGCUCUGGUAUGGCAUCAGAGGAGGAGCUUCACCUUACCAAGAAACUCUUCUGGGGACUUUUUGAUUCUCUCUCUCAGAAGAAAUAUGAUGCUGAUCUUUUUAAAAUGGCAUUGCCGUGUUUGAGUGCCAUAUCCGGUGCCAUUCCACCUGACUAUGUGGAUUCCAGUCCAGGAUCUACAUUGGUUAAACAAGCCUCUGUGGAUGGCCAAGGCAACUUUGACCCCCGGCCAAUUAACACUGCUAACAUUUCCUUGCCUGAAAAGUUAGAUUACAUUGCCAACAAGUAUGCCGAGCAUUCCCAUGAGAAAUGGUCCUCUGAGAAGAUUGCUCUUGGCUGGACUGUAGGAGAUAAAAUAGAUGACAAAGCUAAAACUCACCCAUAUUUAAAACCCUACAAGGAACUAAGUGAAAAGGAACGGGAAACAUAUUGUUACCCUGGGAAAGAGACUCUCAAGAGCAUGUUGGCAAUGGGAUGGAACAUUGAAAGGACCAAAGAAGGGGAAGCCAUGAUCCAGCAAAGAGAAACCGAAAAACAGAGCAAGGCCUCAGAGGGAGAAUUUAAGCCCGCCCCUCAGGAUCUGGAUAAUGUUAUUCUAUCAAGAGAACUUCAGGCGAUGGUGGAAACAGUCGCAGAAAAUUACCACAACAUUUGGGCGAAGAAGAAGAAAAUUGAACUUGACAGUAAAGGAGGUGGAAGUCAUCCACUGUUAGUGCCAUAUGACACACUGACGGCUAAAGAGAAGUACAGAGAUAGAGAGAAGUCCCAGGAACUUUUCAAGUUUCUUCAGGUUAAUGGAUAUGCCAUCAGCAGAGGUCAGAAAGACAUGGAGCAAGACUCCUCCUCUAUGGAGAAGAGGAUUGCCUACAAGUUCCUCAAAAGGCUCCUAAACUAUGUUGAUUCUGCGCAGGAGUUUAUCGCUCAUCUUGAGGCUAUGGCCACCAGUGGAAAAACUGACAAAUCUCCACACGAUCAAGAGAUCAAGUUCUUUGCUAAGAUUCUGCUGCCUCUCAUAGACCAAUACUUUAAGAACCACUGCUUGUACUUUAUGUCUUCGCCGAGUAUAAACCUGAGCAGCAGUGGCUAUGCCUCCAACAAAGAGAAGGAGAUGAUCACCAGUUUAUUUUGUAAGCUUGCAGCCCUCGUCAGACACAGGAUUUCACUUUUUGGAAGUGACUCUGCCACCAUGGUGAGCUGCUUACACAUCUUGUCACGCUCACUGGACUUCAGGACUGUGAUGAAGUCUGGCUCAGAGCUGGUGAAGGCUGGCGUAAGGACUUUCUUUGAGAAUGCAGCAGAAGACCUGGAGAAGACUCUGGAGAACCUGAAGCUAGGGAAGCUGGGUCAGUCCCGCACUCAGAUGAAGGGCGUCACUCAGAUCAUUGGCUACACGUCGGUGGCUCUGUUGCCCAUAUUGACCGUUCUCUUCCAGCACAUCACCCAGCAUCAGUUUGGAGCCGAAUUGCUAUUGGAUGACAUUCAACUCUCCUGUUAUCGGAUCCUGACCUCCCUCUACUCUCUAGGCACUGGCAAAAACAUCUAUGUGGAGAAGCAACUUCCAGUAAUAGGCGAAUGCUUGUCCACUUUGGUUGGAGCCAUGCCUGUGGCCUUCCUGGAACCUCAGCUGAAUAUGCACAAUCCCCAGUCUGUCUUCAAUACCAAAACUGCAAGAGAAAGAGCUAUUUUGAGCAUGCCAGACACGGUGGAUGAGAUGUGUCCUGAGAUGCCCCAUCUGGAUGGCCUAAUGAAGGACAUCAAUGACAUAACCGAAUCGGGUGCACGCUACACAGAGAUGCCGCAGGUCAUCGAGGUGAUCCUACCUAUGUUGUGCAACUACCUGUCAUACUGGUGGGCGAAGGGCACGGAGAACUCCCCGAUUGAUGUUUGUUGCUGCACGACUGUCACAUCUGAGCAUCUCAGCCUCAUCCUGGGCAACAUCCUCAAGAUUUUAAAUAACAACCUUGGUAUUGAUAAUGCCCCCUGGAUGAAAAGACUUGCAGUCUUCACCCAGCCUAUCAUUAGCAAGGCUAGCCCAGACCUCCUGAGGACACACUUCCUCCCGACGCUGGAGAAGUUGAAGAAGAAGACAGUGAAAGUAGUGGCUGAGGAGGAGCUGCUUCGGGCUGAAAGCAGAGCAGAUACACAGGAAGCUGAACUGCAGAUUCUGGAUGAGUUUGCUGUUCUGUGCAGGGAUCUGUAUGCCUUUUAUCCCAUGCUCAUUCGUUAUGUGGACAACAACAGGUGCAAAUGGCUAAAGGAACCAGACUCAGAUUCAAAUGAACUCUUCAAAAUGGUGUCAGACAUUUUCAUCCUUUGGUGUAAAUCUCAUAACUUUAAAAGAGAAGAGCAAAAUUUUGUAGUGCAAAAUGAAAUCAACAACCUGGCAUUUCUUACUGGAGAUAGCAAGACUAAGAUGUCAAAGUCUGGAGGUCAGGACCAAGAGAGAAGAGGAAAAAGGAGAAGAGGAGAAUUGUACUCCAUCCAAACGUCUCUUAUUGUAGCAGCCCACAAGAAGAUGCUGCCCAUUGGCUUGAACAUGUGCACUCCUGGAGAUCAGGAGCUCAUUUCCCUUGCCAAGAUCCGCUACAGUCUGAAAGACACAGAUGAUGAGGUCAAGGAUCACCUGAAAAAGAACCUUCAUCUCCAGGAGAAGUCGGCGGAUCCAGCAGUGCAGUGGCAGCUGAACCUCUAUAAAGAUGUUAUGAUCAAGAGCGAGGGACCUCCAGACUCAGAGCACAAUGUGGAAAGAAUUCAGGCCAUCUCCGCUGCUGUCUAUCAUCUUGAACAGGUAGAGCAGCCUCUGAGGAACAAGAAGAUGGUGUUUCAAAAGCUGUUGUCAAAGCAACGCAAGCGUGCCGUGGUGGCUUGUUUCCGUAUGGCACCACUUUAUAACCUACCAAGGCAUCGCUCAAUUAAUCUCUUCCUCAAUGGCUAUCAGAGACUUUGGAUAGAGACAGAAGAGUACUUUUUUGAGGAGAAGCUAGUGCAGGACCUGGCAAAAACUCCUUUAGUUGUGGUAGAGGAAGAGGAGGAAGAAGAAGCUGAAGUUCAGCCAGAUCCUCUUCAUCAGCUCAUCCUUCACUUCAGCCACAAUGCUCUGACUGAAAGGAGCUUCCUAGAGGUGGAUCCUCUGUAUAUUGCUUACGCUGAUAUGAUGGCAAAGAGCUGUGCUGAGAAUGAAGAGGAGGAAGAAGAAGAGGGGAAAGAAAAAACUUUUGAGGAAAAGGAAAUGGAGAAGCAGAAGAUUCUGUACCAGCAGGCCAGACUUCACGCACGAGGUGCUGCUGAAAUGGUCCUACAGAUGAUCAGUGCCAGUAAAGGUCGACUUGGCCCCAUGGUGACUGGAACCCUUAAACUAGGCAUUUCUAUUCUGAAUGGAGGCAACGUUCUUGUACAGCAAAAAAUGUUGGAUUAUUUGAAAGACAAGCGAGAUGCUGGAUUCUUUAAAAGUUUAUCAGGAUUAAUGCAGUCUUGCAGUGUGCUGGAUUUGAAUGCAUUUGAAAGGCAAAAUAAAGCAGAAAGUCUUGGAAUGGUGACUGAAGAGGGGUCAAUCAACGCGAGUGAGCGGGGUUCAAAAGUGCUACAAAAUGAUGAGUUUACAAAGGAUUUAUUCAGGUUUUUGCAACUCCUGUGUGAGGGCCAUAAUAACGAUUUCCAAAACUUCCUGCGGACCCAAACGGGAAACACUACUACGGUCAACAUCAUCAUUAGCACCGUGGACUACCUCUUGCGUCUACAAGAGUCCAUAAGCGAUUUUUACUGGUAUUACUCUGGGAAAGAUGUCAUGGAUGAGGCUGGGCAAUAUAACUUCUCUAAAGCAUUGGCAGUAGCCAAACAAAUCUUUAACUCACUCACUGAGUACAUCCAGGGCCCUUGUAUUGGGAAUCAGCAGAGUUUGGCACACAGCAGGUUGUGGGAUGCAGUGGUGGGAUUUCUGCACGUUUUCGCCAACAUGCAAAUGAAACUAUCACAUGAUUCUAGCCAAAUCGAGCUACUGAAGGAAUUGAUGGAUUUGCAGAAGGAUAUGGUGGUCAUGAUGUUAUCUCUUCUUGAAGGUAAUGUGGUCAAUGGAACUAUCGGUAAGCAGAUGGUCGACACUUUAGUGGAGUCGUCCAGCAACGUGGAAAUGAUCCUCAAGUUCUUCGACAUGUUUCUCAAACUGAAGGACCUAACCACAUCGGAUAACUUCAAAGAGCACGACCCGGACUGCAAAGGCGUCAUAUCCAAGAAGGAGUUCCAGAAGUCCAUGGAAAGCCAAAAGCAGUACACACAGUCGGAGAUCGAGUUCCUUCUGUCCUGUGUGGAGGCAGAUGAAAAUGACAUGUUCAACUAUGAAGAAUUUGUGGGACGCUUCCAUGAACCAGCCAAGGACAUUGGCUUCAAUGUGGCUGUGCUACUCACUAACCUAUCAGAACAUAUGCCCCACGACUCACGCCUGGGGUCCUUCUUAGACCUUGCCGAAAGUGUUCUCAGCUACUUCGAGCCUUACCUGGGCCGUAUCGAGAUCAUGGGUGGUGCCAAAAGGAUUGAAAGGGUUUACUUUGAGAUCAGUGAGUCCAGCAGAACCCAGUGGGAGAAGCCGCAAGUCAAAGAGUCCAAAAGGCAGUUCAUCUUCGAUGUGGUCAACGAAGGUGGCGAGAGCGAAAAGAUGGAGUUAUUUGUGAACUUCUGUGAAGACACCAUCUUUGAGAUGCAGCUGGCCUCUCAGAUUUCCGAGCAAGAUGCCACAGAACGACCUGAGGAAAAUGAAGAGGAAGAUGUGCACAGUCUUCUUGAAGGAUUGUCCGAAGAGGAAGAAGUGUCCCUCGAGUCUGCCUCGGCCUUCACCGCGGCUUGUGCCUCCGUGAAGAAGAGCGUGUCUAACUUCCGUCAGAUGCUGACGUUGAAAAAUAUGCGCAAACAGUUCAAGAAAAUCAAAAAACUGACCAUCAAGGAGAUGAUUACAGGCUUCUUCUCCUUCUUCUGGAUGCUAUUUACCGGGUUCUUCAAAGGAAUUUUCAGCAUUGUCUUCGGGUUCUUCCAUAUUAUUUGGUCCUCCAUGUUUGGAGGGGGCCUUGUAGAGGGGGCUAAAAACAUGAAAGUGACUGAUAUUUUGGGUAACAUGCCUGAUCCCACCCAAUUUGGAAUCCACGGUGAUGUUUUGGAAGCUGAGAAAACUGAAAGCAAUGAACUAGUUGUGACGGCAGAUAUGGUGCAGAUGACUGGUGCUGGUGUUGAGAAACUGGAAGCCGAUAUGAUCAUGGAUCUCCUCAAUCCUGCGGGAAAGAAAGAGGGGAAGCAUGGGGUAGAGCCUGGUCUGGGUGAUGUCUGUGAGGUCCAUACGGAGGCUAGUGCUCCUGUCGAGAAGAAGAAAAGUCAGAAAGUCGCGGCAGACAAACCCGAAUCUGAACCGGAGAAAGCAGACACUGAGAACCAGGAGAAAGAGGACAAGGCUAAAGAGGAAACAUCUGAAGAAACAGAAUCUGCCAAACCAACUCCAAGAGCCAAACACGAUGUAUCAAAAGAUGAAUCUCAAGCAUUCAUGACCAGCUUCAUUGCAGGGCUUGAAGUCUACAAAACCAAAAUGCUUAAUUACCUGGCUCGUAAUUUCUACAACCUUCGUUUUCUGGCUCUGUUUGUGGCCUUUGCCAUCAACUUCAUCUUACUCUUCUAUAAGGUGACUGGAGAUGACGAUGAAGAGGAGGAGGAAGGAUCCUGGGGUGGUGCAGAUGAUGAUGAAGAUGAUGAUGAUGAAGGAAUGCAAUACUUCAUUCUUCAGGAGAACACUGGCUAUAUGGCACCCACUUUGACGUUCUUGGCUGUAUUUCACACAAUCAUCUCAUUCCUCUGCGUCGUUGGAUAUUACUGCCUUAAGGUUCCCUUAGUAGUGUUCAAGAGAGAGAAAGAGAUCGCCAGAAAGCUAGAGUUUGAUGGUUUGUAUAUAACUGAGCAGCCAUCUGAUGAUGACAUCAAAGGACAGUGGGAUCGUCUGGUUAUUGCAACUCCCUCCUUCCCUAACAAUUACUGGGACAAAUUUGUUAAGAGGAAGGUCAUCAAUAAAUACGGUGAUUUGUAUGGGGCCGAGCGCAUAGCUGAACUUCUGGGUCUGGAUAAGAGCGCGCUAGACUUCGACCCCACUGAAGAGGCUGUGGUGAAGGAGGCGUCCCUGCUCUCCUGGCUGAGUUCUAUUGACACCAAAUAUCACAUCUGGAAGAUGGGAGUGGUGCUUACUGACAAUUCUUACCUCUAUCUGAUCUGGUACACCACCAUGUCUAUUCUCGGACAUUAUAAUAACUUCUUCUUCGCUGCUCAUUUGCUGGACAUUGCCAUGGGCUUUAAGACCUUGAGAACUAUUCUGUCAUCUGUAACUCACAAUGGAAAACAGUUGGUGUUGACUGUAGGACUCCUGGCAGUCGUGGUCUAUCUGUACACUGUGGUGGCUUUUAACUUCUUCCGCAAGUUCUACAACAAGAGCGAGGAUGAGGACCAGCCUGAUAUGAAGUGUGAUGAUAUGAUGACUUGUUACCUGUUCCACAUGUAUGUGGGCGUGAGAGCCGGAGGAGGCAUUGGUGAUGAAAUCGAGGACCCUGCCGGUGACCCUUACGAGCUCUACCGCAUUCUGUUCGACAUCACCUUCUUUUUCUUCGUCAUCGUCAUUCUGCUGGCCAUCAUUCAGGGUUUGAUCAUUGAUGCCUUCGGUGAGUUGAGAGAUCAGCAGGAGCAGGUUAAGGAAGACAUGGAGACAAAAUGCUUUAUCUGUGGAAUUGGGAACGACUACUUCGACACAACUCCGCACGGCUUCGAGACCCAUACUUUACAAGAGCACAAUCUGGCCAACUAUUUAUUCUUUUUGAUGUAUCUCAUUAACAAAGAUGAGACUGAACACACUGGUCAGGAGUCAUACGUUUGGAAGAUGUAUCAGGAAAGAUGCUGGGAUUUCUUCCCGGCCGGAGACUGUUUCCGAAAGCAAUACGAGGACCAGCUGGGCUAGAGGAAAUGUUGGCCUCAGUCCUUAUACAAACGCCAACCUGCACAAGAUCCUAAUAUCUACAUCCUUUUAAGAUUUCACGUAGGUUGGACACAACCAACAACAUCUGAAACUAGCUGUCAUCACCACCGCUCACACAUCCAUUCACUUAAACCCGAGCUGUUUCCACACAGGAAAUGACAGCAACAUACUGAGAACUCAUUGCGAUCAAUCCAAAAAAAAAAUGUGAACUCUAACUAAACACCGAAGGACGAAAACACAAUCAAUCACGUUGACACUGCAGCAUAUCUUUAUAAAAACAUCACAUGC